CAUGUAGUGCACCAAAUUCUAAUAUUGCUGGAAGAGUUUUUAAAUCCCCCACAGUUGCUGUUUUUAACCCAAACUCGCCACUCUAUAGAACAGACACAACGAUAGAAGGAGUAUAUCAGGGAACUCAAACAGCAUCAGGAGUCAACAUAACAUUUGUCCGAUCACAAGCCACUCCUAAUGAUCUGAAUUUGAAUAAUCUGUUUGAAUUGAUAACUUUACCAGUAUCAGAUUCACCCUUUGGAAGUGGACUUUUUUGGUUGAAAUCGGCACUUAAAAGGGAUAAAGACCCAACACAAACGAAGUUUUUCCUGAUGCAGCUGGAGAUUCGAGAUAUAAACGAUAAUGCACCUAUAUUUGGAAAGGCUCCUUAUUCUGCUUCAGUCGAUGAGCUGAAAGUUAAAGCCAGAGAUCAAAUAAGAAAGCCACGAGAGGUUGCGUCUGCUGCAGAGCAUAUUGAUGAACUGAAAGACAGUGGAAUGCUUACUUUCUCAGCCAAUAGUUACAAUGUUACUAUUAGUGAGAAGACUCCAGUUGGUACAUCGGUAACUACACUAAUAGCCUCACCUGGGUCUUCAAGUUCCCUUAGAUAUGAAGCAACCGGAUUUGGCUCAGCAACAUGCUUUUUCCAUCUAUCAAAAGUUAAUGGGUCCAUAUAUGUUCAGAACAACCUUAGAUUUGAAAAGAACAUCUUCGACUAUAUUCUUCAAGUUCAGGCUUAUGAUGUUGCCUUUCCUACAGACAGAGUUACGACAAAUGUGACAAUCAAAAUUAUCCGCAAUGAAAAUGCACCACAGUUUGACAAAUUCCAGUACACUGCCAACAUCAGUGAAAACAUUGCCAUUAAUGUGAUAGUUUUACAGCUCAAAGCUACAGACAAAGACACUGAGGACAGAAUAACGUAUGGAUAUGAUGGAGCUAAUCCAGUUCCGUUCACUCGGCUUUUCUCCUUGAAUCCUAACACUGGUAUCAUCACCGUACAGGCUGACUUAACCACUGAUACACAGUCGAUUUACAAAGCAACGGUUUCCGCAUAUGACAACAGUAACCCUGAAAAGAAAACUGCAGUUCAAGUGAUCAUUUCAGUGUAUCGAGACCGCUCCUCACCUCAGUUCUCUGUUGGGAACCAAACUGUCACUUUAUCAGAGAAUACUGCCAUUAGGACAUCAGUCGCUGCACUUUCUGCAACUGAUGCUGAUCGGGUGGGAGUUGUUACUUAUGAAGUGACAGGUGUCUACCCUGCUCCCAGUCUGUUUUCAGUUCAUCCAACAAACGGUGUGGUUACUAUUGCCAAGGACCUACACUAA